AUGACAGAAUACAAAGACAACUACAUCGCUAUCAACAAAGCGAACUGGGACGAGCGGGCACCUGAACAUUCGCGAUCAACAGGGUACGACUACCAGCGCCUUGUUCGCGAGCCGAGUUAUGUUUCUGAAGUUGUCCAAUUCGAUAUCCCUCUGAUGGGCGACAUCUCCGGUCUCGAGAUCGUGCAUCUCCAAUGUCAUAUCGCUACGGAUACUCUAUCGCUUGUACGACGAGGUGCCAAACGUGUCACUGGCCUGGAUUUCUCGCCAGCCGCCAUCAAAGAAGCCAAAGAUCUCGCGGUAAAGGCUGUUGGUGGAGACAAGUUGAACUUCGUUGAAGCCAGCAUAUACGAUGCACUUGACGUCCUGCCACCGGCUUCUUUCGGUAUGGUCUUUACAGGCAUCGGAGCUCUGUGUUGGAUUCCAUCCAUCAAGCGAUGGGCCGAGACUGUGGCGGCAUUGCUGAAGCCUGGCGGACGGCUCUUCAUCCGUGAAUGCCACCCAGCUCUGUGGGCGAUCGACGAAACUGUCACGGAUUCGCUGAUCACCGGCAUACCCUACUUUGAGCGAGACGAGCCUCAUGUAUAUGACGAAAGUGGGACCUACGUUGAGACGGAUCAUGUCUUUGAGAACACCAAGACCGUGGAGUGGAAUCAUGGCAUUGGCGAGAUCGUUCAGUCGUUGAUAGACGCUGGCAUGAGCAUCACUGGACUUGUGGAGCACAAAAGCAUCCCCUGGAAUGCCUUGAGGGGCCAAAUGGAAAAGAUCGAGCCUUUCGGAGAGUUUGCUCUCAAAGAAGGUCGCGACAACUUACCACUCAGCUACACGCUGCAAGCCAAGAAGAAUGCAUGA